UUUGUGAUUCCAAUUCUAUUUCUCUGACUUUGAGCUCAACCUGAAUAAUAAUAAUCAACAUUGAAAAGUACUUAAAUAAAUCAUAUUAUAAAUGCAAGUUACUUAGUACUAUUAAUCAAUUAAUUAUGCCAUAAUCAAUUAAAUAAAUAAUGCUCUUAACUCGUUUCAUAACAUCAAUAUCUUAUUUCAAUUUCAACAACAAAUCUCAAUUUCUUCUCAUCCCCUUCGCUACGAUGGCUUCCUCCACCGUUGACGUCGCCAAAAGUGGUUUCUCACGUCCCGAGAUGUACACGGAAAAACUCGCCGGCACCGUCGAAUCCUACGACCGUCAUGUAUUCCUCUGUUAUAAGAAUCAUCAAGCUUGGCCUCCGCGUGUUGAAGCUUCCGACGACGAUCCACUCCCUAAACGCAUCGCUACUACUUGGAAAGCUCGCAAAAACGACAUCGUCGUUAAGACGAAAAUCACGGUUUGUGAAGCGCGUGAGGAAGAUGGAUUCUCCGACGGUGAUGUCUUAAUUUUUCCUGAAAUGAUCAAAUACAAGGGUUUGGAGGAAUCAAAUGUUGAUAGCUUUUUCAAUGAUGUGGUGGUGAGUGGUAAUUCAUGGGGUGGUGGAGUGCAGGGUGUGAUAACAGGUUCAUAUAUUUUUGUGUGUGCUCAUGGAAGUCGCGACGUGAGGUGUGGUGUUUGCGGGCCUGUUCUCAUUAACAAGCUCAACGAAGAAAUUCAACUCCGGGGAUUGAAGGACCAAAUAUCUGUCAUGGCAUGUUCUCAUGUUGGUGGCCAUAAAUAUGCUGGGAAUUUAAUCACAUUUAGUCCUGGCUCAGAUGGAAAAAUUAUGGGUCACUGGUAUGGAUAUGUUACUCCCAAUGAUGUGCCUGCUUUGCUGGAUCAACACAUUGCCAAGGGAGAGAUCAUUCAAAAAUUAUGGAGAGGCCAAAUGGGGCUACCAACUGUUGAACAUAAGGGAGAAGAUGACCAAAAGAAGCUUGCUAAUGGAGGUGAUACUCACAAGAUCAAGAAGAAGAAUGUAGAAAGUAACAAUCUUAGCAACAAUGAAAACGUGGUUGGUUGUUGCCAAGGUGUUAAUGGGGUUUCUUGUUGUAGAACUACAACUUUUGAGCAAAACAAAGAGAUUGAAGAAACCACAAAAGAACAUAAAAAGCAGGGGAGCAAAGUAAGCUGGAGUUGGCCUGUAUUACAGCAGCGCGAUAUUCUUACAGCUACAGGUAUACUUGGAGUUUUGGCAGCUAUAGCCGUUGGUUACAAGUUUUGUAAAAGGUCAGGCUAAGAGCUUAGAGGUUCUAUAUAGUUCUUACUUUUUUCAUCAAGAAAUAAUAAUAAAAUCAUUCUAAGUUAUAUAUACAAGCUUCUAUAUAUUGAGAUUGAAAAUAUAGUAAAAGUCUUGCUAGAUAUGUAAUGGUGAAAGUUUUAUCUUUUUUUAUUUUAAAAAAUUCAAUACAAUUAUGAUUUGUUGUAUUUGUUUCUUUACGUUACUGCUUUUGUAGUAAAUUCGAAGUUUAAUGUGAUAUGUGAAUUUAGAA